AUGGAGGAUGAAGAGGACGAUCUGCCUUAUUCUCCUUUUAGUAGAAAGACUGUAGCACAUACUAUGAUCGAAAAUGUAUUGUCAGUCUAUCCAGAUGUUGAUCCAAUAGAUAUAGCUAAAGAUUUGGAAAUCACCAGAAGUCCAGUGAAAACUGUUAACAGGAUACUGGAUGGUCAGUUUCCUGCCGUAAUUACUAUUGAUGUUGAUGAUGAAAGCAAAGCCAAGGAUCAUACCAGAGCAAAUCUGGUUAAUAUAAGGAAUUUUGAGAAAUCAGAGCCAUCUGUUGACAAAGCAAAUGUUUUAGAAAUUAAAGAUGAUUCCAGUGACAUUGAUGCAGAUAGUAAUGAUGAUGAUAUCAUUGUAGCAAUUGAAGAGAGAAAAAGCUUGUUCAGUGCCCUAAGGAGCAGGCUGAAUGAAAAGGAAUCUAGAAAAUGUCCUCAAAAGGGGUCAAAAGCUCUAGAGUCAUCUGUUAGUGCACAGGUUACCUCUUACCAUGUAAAAGGAAAGGCAACGGGAAGGAAAACAAUGGUCAAAUGCAGAAGUUCGAUAAUUGAUCUUUCCUUCUCUGAUGAUAAUGAGCAAGAGGAUAUUCAGGAUGUUUACACUUUACAUUCACCUGCUGCUAAAACACUAACUACAAACUCAAGCAAUCAAAUGCCACCAAAGGAGAACAGGAAAGCUGCAGAGGAGUACUUCAAGAGAAGUGGAGAAAUAUUUGUAGAUUGCUCUCAAUCUGAUGAUUACAGCUCUGAUAGUGAUGAUCUUCCAUGUGUUCUACCAUCUUUACACACAGAUAAUAGGGGCACCCUGUCUGCUAAAUCACAUUCAAACUCGUGCACAGAUGAUUAUAAAAGUAGGGAUUCUCAGUUUCUAGGAAGCAACUUUGACUCUCAGGAUGAUUCUCAAAUCCCUGUUAAGAAAAAGAAAGGGUCACCACACAAAAUUACAAGAGAGAGAAAUGAAGCUCAUCUUAAGAAACAAGUAAAAAAACUUGAAAAACAAACAAAGAAAGAAGCAAAGGAAAAAGAACAACAUGCCAGAAAACAAGCCAGGGAACAGUUGAAAAUUCAGAAGGACAGGGACAAACUACUGAAAAUGGCAGAUAGAAUGAAUCAGAAAUCAAACAAUCGAUUAGAUGGCUGUAUCAAGCAAAUAGUGGUUUGCAUUGAUCAUGAAAUAGUGAGCUGUUGUCAGCUUGCUGGGGAAAAUCUUCUCCUUCAAAGAUUAGAAACACUGGGAGCAGGUCAUGAGAUAAAAUCACAGCUAUUUCCCAGCAGUAUUACAUGGCAGAGAGCUUGUGUGCAGCAUGAUGUACAGGAGGGGACACUUCAGAUUUCCACGAGAACAACUGUCACUGAUGAAAACCAUGCAGUACUUUGUCUGUCAGUAGUCAAGUUUGUGGAAAUGGUUUUACGAUCUUGUGAGGAGAUUCAAAAUCCAGCAGUAUCUGUUAUCUCUGAUGAAGAAACUUUGACUGAAUUCUUUGAAAGAGCCCUGACAAUUUACCCUGGUAAAAUCAUCACUUUAAUUGUCAUGGGUCUUGAAAAGUAUUUCAGAGAUGUUAAACUCGCUCAAAAACACCAGUUUCGAAAAGCUGUUCUUGGGAAAAGCUCCUCAGAUAAUGAUAAUUCCAGCAGUAAGCGACGAAAGAAAAUAAACAAAGAAUCUGUACCCAGUGUUAUGGUGUCAAGGGUUGAUGUAGAAGAAGCUCUUGUGGACUUACAAAUAAAACAGCCUGACUGCCGAAUACGCAUGUGUGAAACUGAAGAGGAGUUUGCUGAUCUGUUGGCCAUGUUAACUAAAGCUGUUGCUGAAGCACCGUUUAAGAAAAAACAACCGGAAGUAUUUUCUUUCUGUGUGGAAGGACAGAAAAGAUCUGUGAAGGUGUCAAAAGACGGUGAGGGUUUGAAGAAAGUCUGGCAGAAACAUUUUCAACAGUUGAGAAAUGUUUCAGCGGAGAUGGCGGCCGCCAUUACGAACGUUUACCCAUCUCCACAGAGUCUCAUCAAGGCCUAUCAAGGUUGUAGCAGUAGAGAGGAAGCUUCUAAACUUCUUCAAGACAUCUUGGUCCGUCGUGGCGCUGGAGUACUGGCAAGUAGUCGAAGAAUUGGACCCGAACUUUCCCGACGGGUGUACCUCCUUUUUUCAACUGACGAUGGCGACCUAUCCUUGAAAUAACAGCCCUUUUUCCCGGGCAGUCGACGCCAUAGUUUUGAAGUGUCUGAGUGCGAAGUGUCUUUGGGAUUAGUUUCGUAUUCCAAAGAUUACGAAUUAUUAUUUAUUUUCAAAUCUACCUCACUGUUGGGCUGAGUGGGGAUAUUUUCGUUUUUCUGUAAAAGCUUGUACGAAUAAUUCUACACCGAUGCCCAGGGAUAUGUUAAGCGCAUCUGAUUGGCUGUUACUUUCGCAUGGAGAAAUUCAAGAAAACAAACAGCCAAUCUCAGUGGGCGCACAAUAGAGCUAAAUGAUUGUCCCAUUAAAUUUUGCCUCUUUCAAACUUAUUUCCCUGGAGCUCAGAUGUCGCAGAAAGACGUUUUUUCCCAGAAUGAUGUUCCUACCUUUCUCCUGAAGACGACAGACCUCAAAAUAUAACGACAAUUUCAACCAUAGAUAAUUGUUCUAGUGUUUAUUAAUACAGCAUUCAGACAUACUCUUGCAUUGCUCAAUUUGGUUUGCUGCGAUGUUUUUCCCCUCUUGACAACGGAGGCUAAUAAAGUAAUUUUACCAUUUCAUGAACAACCUUGCUAUUCAGGUCCAUGUAACACAAAAGGCUUUCACUGCUUAUUAGUGUUAAUAUUUAUUGACUUCAUAUAUGAAUCGUUUGGUCUCAGGUAGUCCUGAUGCAACAUAUUUACAUCUAUGAAAUAGCGGAUACACAAAUCACACUCUGACUUUUCAAAAAAAAAAGCUGUUUUAUAAAAUCACGUGACUGUACUUUCUAUUGAUUCACCGUCGUAAAACCCACUUAGUAUGAUGGUUAUAUAAAAUAUAAAAUCGGAAGAAAUAAAUCAGAAUGUUGUGAAGUAACGACUUCGGUUAUGGUCUCUACUAAAUAGGAGCCUUCGGGGGGCAUGGGAGAAAAAAUUCGAAAAAUCUCUCGCCUUCGGCUCGGAAUUCAUAAAACGUUCUCGUUUCUCAGCACCUCACGUGGGUUAUUUUCUGUGAUAUGAUUAAUUUAUAAAUAUGUACACAGGAUGAAUAUCU